AAAAAAAAAAUACCCAAGACUAAGAGGCGCCGUUGCAAAGGCAUUGCCUCGACCCAUAACUACUACUACAUGCAAUAUCUAAGCUGUUCCAUCUGACGGAUCUAUAAAUCUACAAAAGCCAAUAAAAUUUUAUUUUGGCUGUCUACAAAUUUCAGGGAGAAUCAUGCCAAUUAAGUGCAGCACAAAGUGUGGCAGGAAUGCUGUGCUGAAGAGGCCCAAGACAGGAGAUACACUUUGCAAAGAAUGUUUCUUUUGGGCAUUUGAAGAGGAGGUACAUCAAACUAUAACAGCAGCAAAUCUCUUUAACUCAGGAGAUUAUGUUGCUAUUGCAGCUUCAGGAGGAAAAGACUCGACAGUGUUGGCAUAUAUUAUGAAGUUAUUAAAUGAUCGCUACAACUAUGGGUUGAAGUUGGCUUUGCUUUCAGUAGAUGAAGGAAUUACUGGUUACCGAGACGACAGUCUUGAAACCGUCAAGAGAAAUGAACAGCAGUAUGGAAUCCCUCUCAAGAUUUUGUCUUAUGAAGAGUUGUAUGGCUGGACUAUGGAUCGCAUUGUAGAACAGGCAGGCAGAAAAAACAACUGUACUUUUUGUGGAGUGUUCAGAAGGCAAGCCCUAGAUCGUGGUGCAAGUCUACUUAAGGUUGAUAAGAUUGUCACAGGGCACAAUGCAGAUGACAUUGCAGAAACAGUUUUGAUGAAUAUACUACGAGGUGAUAUUGCAAGACUACAAAGAUGUACAGCUAUUGUGACAGACUCAGAGGGAUCAAUACCAAGAUCAAAACCAUUCAAGUACACUUAUGAAAAGGAGAUUGUCAUGUAUGCAUAUUUCAAGAAAUUGGAUUACUUCUCAACGGAAUGUAUUUACUCCCCAAAUGCUUAUCGAGGUCAUGCAAGGGCUUUUUUAAAGGAUCUAGAGAAGAUAAGAGCUACUGCAAUUAUUGAUGUUAUUCAUUCAGGUGAAUGUUUGUCUGUUCGUGAUGGUGUUAAGCUUCCAACAAGAUCAGUAUGUACACGCUGUGGUCACAUCUCCUCCCAACCAGUAUGUAAAGCUUGUGUACUCCUUGAAGGUCUCAAUAAGGGUAAACCAAGAUUAGGGAUUGGCAAAUCUUCUAAAGUUCGUGAGAGACUAGGAGACAAUAUAAGUGACUCAAGUGGUGGAGAUUUUAAAGCAAGUCUCUCUCCAAGCAUAGCAGAAUUUUAAGUUUGCAGAAAAAGAUCCAUUUCUGAUAUUUUUUAUUGCAUAAGUAAUGCCGUUUCAAACACAUAUAUAUUUAUCCAAUGCAGUCUUGGUGACAAAGUAUGCAAUUUUAAAAUUUUAGAAUUUGCAAGUGCCUUUGAAAAAGCAUGUUGUAAUGCUAGAGAAACCAAUAGAGCACAGAAUAUCUAUAGGCCUGUCCACAUGAGCGGGCCUGAUCGCCGUGCUCCGGGGUUGAUGGGCAAAUUCUGGCUGGCUUACGCGUGAAUGUUGUCCACACGGGUGAGGCGAUGGAGAGGUGGGCGUGCCCGACGAUGCCAGUAGUGUGUUCAGUGCAGUACGAUAAACAUGUUUUGUAGCAUGAUAAUUGCUUUGUGUGUGAUGAAAAAGAAGAGAAUAUGGUGCAAAGAAUGGCUCAGUAAAAGAUAUGUAUAUGGUUAACGUACGUCUGCCAGAGUCGAAGCUCAAGCCAUCAGGCACCACCAUGGUGAUUUUGCUACAAGACCCAUCGGGCAAUUUGAUGGUUUGCCCGUUAGAGGGGAGGUCUGCCGAUCAGGCCCGGUCUUGUGGACAGGCCUUAAAGCGGAUAAGCAGGCCCUUUGGAAGAUGAAAUGUGGAAAAGGCGCAGGACUUUCAGGAAUAACAUGUAAGUUGAUAAAGCAGCAGGAAACGCUGUUGUCAGUGAGCUGCUUAGAAGACAUGAAAAUAAAACAAGUGAAGGGAUACAACCUUAAGUAGGAAAAGAGCAUGAUACUGAGGGAAUGGAAAUGCACCACAAUGCAGGAACACAUAAGAGGAGUAAUACUGCUCAAGCAUGCUAUGAAAAUAUUGGAGAUUGAUUGAUUAGUUCUUGCUGGUGUCGCAAUGAUGAAGUUAUUGACGCUAAAAAUAUCGGAGGAGUGUGGCAGAUAUGCUGUGAUAAAUUAUUGAAACAUAUUAUUGUCAGUUUGGCUUCAUGUCAGAGAUAAACAACAGAAGCAGUCUGUAUCUGUAUAAUGAAGCAGCCAACAGGAAGAGAACAAUUCAGAAGAGAGAUUAUGUUACAUAUUUCUGGACUUUGAGAAGGAAUUUGAAAUAGUACCAAGACCAGCAAUUUUAUAAGCCUUAUGAAUAUAAGGUUUACCACAGUGAUUGAGCUACUCAUGAUACUGUACCAUAACACAAGAUCUAAACAGUGGCAAGUGUAUCAAGAGUUUGAGAUAAAUGUGGGAUCAAACAGGAAAUCUUAUUUAGUAUAACUGUAAUGGUUGAAGCUACAAGAGUGCAGAAUCAGAGGAAGAGGUUUCAGGAAUUUAGAAAUGAAAUACAUUUGGAAGCAGCAAGACUAAUACCUGUAGGAAGGGCCAGGUAAUCAUAGCAUACGCCAUAAAUGGAGAAAGUCCAAACAGGAAUUCCAUAAGACAAAGAAUGUAGAACUAAUUUCACAUUUACCAUCAUAAAUACACUAAUGAUGAAUGUCAGUAGUAAGACAAGACCUUGAGAAAGAGAUGAAAUUUUUAAUAUCACUAUGUAGAUUGCUUUAUUUUUUUAGGAUUAUAUUGUGGCUGUCCUAAUAGAUUUAAUUAGUAACUUAUAAUAAUAACCAGAUUCUUCUUCUAGGCUUGGAUCCUUUUUCCCCAUCUUGCCCUUUCUGUCAUUAACUCUGAUGUUUCUAUAUACAACUGUUUGACCCCAUACAGUAUGUGGAGUAGCAGGGCAAAGACUCAUAGGAGGCCUAAAAAAUCACGAAGAAAAAGAAUUUGUAAAGACCUUGACCUAAUGCGAGUUUAAGCAAACAAAAUGAAGAGAACUAAUUUCACUUCAAAGACAAGAUGACAAACUGGACUGCCACAUGACCCAUCCCAUUUUAAUGCAAAUAAAAAGUUAAUGUCUGUACACAAUAUAUUUUACAUAUACAAAUCAAAAUCUGUACACAAUAUAUUUUACAUAUACAAAUCAAAAUCUGUACACAAUAUAUUUUACACAUACAAAUCAAAAUCCAGUCACUCUUUCAAUUGCUACUGCUUGGUCAUGUGCACUCAUCAAUCUAUAACUUGAAAGCUCCAUGCUGAAAACUGCUGUGCCAGACGUAAUUGUUCGUAAAGCUGUUGAAUAUCCUACAAGCUCCGCUAAAGGGCACUCGGCAUUUAUUACCUGAAAAGCAAGAAAUGUUAAAUGAAUCAUUGACUAUUAAAUGUAAUACAUGCUAAUACUAGUUUCUUACAUUUUUAUUUUGAAACAAAUCCCUGAUCCAUUCUUUAUUUACCUCUGCAUCUAAAGGCUCUAUGGUGCCAUCUAUGGGUUUGGGGAAAACUACGAAAGUUGCAUAAAGUCUCCAAAUUUUAUUGACUUAAAAGUCUACGUAUUACAUCCAUACCUAAAACAGAAAAUAAUAAAUCUCACAGGAUAUCCCUUCAGCACCAAAACCUCAUUGCCCUUCAACUCAUUUUUGUAAGAGGGUGCCUUUCCCUAAUAGCCUACAAGUGAUGUUGACAAGUAUAGAGGUUCAUGUCACCUACUGCCUACCACUCGUCAAUUAAUGCUCAUGUACCUGUGAGUGCCACCUCACUGCAUGCUAUCUCAUCCUCUUUUCCGAAAGCCAUCACAACUCUGAAGUCUCACGGUCCAGUAGCAUCACUGCAUCUCUUCACAUACUGAGAGGUUCUCUAUGAUUUAAAGCUACCUCUGGUCCUUCUGCUUUAUAUAAUGGCUGUGCCAUACCAUCAUGUAGUACUCAUGUACAAAGAAAUAAAUCAUGUGAGGCUACCUACCUUCCUCUGUUUGUCAGCUAAUGCCUGGUAAAUUUUGGGAACAUCUGGGUCAGGAAUGUAAGGCAUACACAAUUAAUAAUAUUUUUUACAAGGCUUACCUUUGAGUCUUGACGGUGACUGAUUCUCACGAUGUUUCCUCGUCUUCGAGUUAUGUCUGCAAUUACUGAUGAUGAGUUGGUUUCAUCAGUAAUGAUCUCUAGUUCCAUGAAAGGUUCCAUCAACUGACAGUCUGAUUUUUGUAAUAACUGGAAAUAACAUAAAGCACUGAAAUGCAAGUAAA